UUGUUCCUGGUAAGCCCCGUAUGACAGACCACAGACAGACAGUUCCAGACGCUGCUCGGUCAGUAAAGUUUCUGCAUUAACGGGAGGGUUCGCCCUUAUUCUAGAAUUUCUUUCGACAGUUACUGCGUAACAGAGCUUCCUUGUUCCUGGCUGGCGUUGUCGUAGCGACUGCUUUCAUUCCUUUGCUCGGAAGCCGCAUCAAGUGCCUGAGAAAGUGAAAAUGGAUUUAGGCGACUAUCAACAAAAGACGACCCGUCUUAUCGUUAAAACGCCCAACCAGGCCCAGGAGGAUCAAAUCGUCGAAGGGGUCGAUGUGAAUUGGACCGUAAAAGACCUAAAGGCUCAUCUGUCGAGGGUUUACCCGAGCAAACCGGCUGUAAGUGACCAGAGGCUGAUCUUUUCUGGCAAACUGCUGCCCGACCAUCUGCACAUCAAAGAUCUUUUCAGACAGGCGGACCUAAUUCCCACGCUGCACCUGGUGUGCGCCAUGAGGAAUCCACCCCAAGCACCAACAAAGACCAAAGAGACGGAACAACCACAUCCUUCCAGGUCCAACCCGCCUCUUCAGCCUCCCGGCACGCCAGAGCUGCGGCAGAGGAGGCCCACGUCUUCAGCAGCUGCUGCCGCCGCCGGCCCCGCCCAGACGCCAGGGACCCAACCUGCGCCGCCAGCAUGGCCGACCUCAAACCUAGCUGCAGCAUCACAGCUGACCCAGCCAGCCUUUCCCGCCUUAUCUCUGUACAGCCCUCAGCAGCUCCUGUGGCUCCAGCAUGUCUACGCCAGACAAUAUUACAUGCAGUACCACGCAGCCAUGGCAGCGGCAGGCUCUGCUCCCCCGACGUCGGUGCCGACCAUCGCCCAGUACCCGCCCGUCCCCGUCCCGGCCCCUCUAGCCAACCAGAACCCCAUAGACAACCUGCCGGUGAACCAGAACCCGGUGCAGGACGCCGCCUUCAUCAACGCCGGGGAGGUCAAUCCGAACAUGCGAAUGAACGCACAGGGCGGGCCCGUGAUGGAGGACGAGGAGGACGUGGAGCGCGACUGGCUGGACUGGUUGUACUCUGCGGCCCGAUUCGGCGUCCUGCUCAUGAUCGUUUACUUCAACUCCAACCUGAGCCGCUUCCUGCUGGUGAUGAGCACGCUCCUCGUCAUGUAUCUGCACACCGCGGGCUGGUUUCCCUUCAGAAGGCCGGCACCGGUCCAAGCACCCAACCCGCAGCCCCCAGAGGUCCAACAGAACCAACCGAAUGAGAUCAGGAACCCAGACCUCAAUCCUGACGACGAGCACGCCGAGGCAGCUGAAGACUCGGAGGAGCCAAUGACGGCAGUUUUAGUUCCUCCUCACAGGGUGUCCAUCAUGUGGACAGCCUGGGUGUUCUUCAAAACCUUCUUCUCCUCCCUCAUACCCGAGGUUCCUCAGGGCGUGGCCAACUGAGCUGCCGGGUGGGCAGCGUUUAGUUUAUACCCGUAACCGAGUAGCAUGCUGGCAUCCGACGAGCUCCUGUGCAGCGGUGAUUCUUUUAGGGAGUGGCAAACUGAACACCAGCAAAUAAAGGCAGCCCUCCAAUUGCCAAAAAAAAAAAAAAAUGUAGACGGUACCAAAGGACUAAAAACUGUCAAAUUUUUUUUUUUCCACUGUUGGUUAUACAUCCCUACCCCACCAUCGUGUUUUGGGCUUCAUGAGAAGGUCUUGGAACCUGACAGUUACAGAAUGAAUCGUUGCUUUUUGCGUUGGUUUGUUUUCCUGGAUUUCCUCUUCCAGUAUGAGGGCUUUUUUUUUUUUUUUUUUUCCAUAAUCAUUCAAAUAUCUUUAGAUUAAAAACUGGUCUUCAGGUGGUAGUGUGCCAUCAAUAGGUUUUGACCUCCUGGAUCUGUUUUCAGCCUCUCUGAAACAGGUGGCAGCACAUUUUUAACACAGACAUUUCCCUUUUAAAGUCGUUCUCUCACUGUGGUCACAGAGCACCUCGUGGGAUCCUCCGGAAACCAUCUGAAACAAAUUAUGACCUUUUUUUUUUUUUUUUUUUUUUUUUAAAGGACCAAGAUGAGAGUAAUUCAGCUCAUAAGUCUGUUUAACAGGCGAAACUUAAAGUUCUAAUUUUAUUCAAUUUUAUUUAAUGAUUAAAAUUCUGGUUUCAGAAUCUCCAAAAAAAAAAAAAACUUGGAGUAAAGAAAAAUGGUGACAAACGUUGGGAUCAGGAAGAGCAAUUUUGUGUUUUAAGGGACUAUUGAAUCUGAACGAGGAAUUCAAGUCUUGGGUGAAACGAGGAAAACAGUUUAAUCGAAAUGUUGCGUGUUUUUUCACCUGUUUCAUUCCGGCUUUUAGGAUUUUAAGUGGAUUCUUCCUUUAAUUCAAAAGAAAAUAGUUAUAGAUGAAAGAAUAUGUAAAUAUAUUUUAUGUACACAAUGCACUUUACAUCUAAAAUCUAUCAUAUGCAAGCUUCUGAGUAUAGACAUUAGGACCUCCUAAGGGCUUAUAGUUUUUUUGCACAAAUAAACAGAGUUAAGAUUGCAGAUCAAAUAAGAGGAAAAUAUGUGGAGAAAAUGAAAUCAAGACAACCUUAUGUAAUGGCUGGUAAUUCGUCAAUUUUAUCUUGGUAGCAUUCCAGAUUGUGUGACUAAAUAUGUUAUUUCUUAUCUUCCAUUUUUUUUUCUCAUUGUGUUGCAUGAGAAAUAACCAGAUACAUAUAUAACAGUAUCUUUGUAUCGCUUAGCCUUUAUUUUUUUGCAUGAAUUUUGAUCUGUAACAGUGAAUAACUCUGUUAAAGCCUUGAAGUAACUUUUAAGUAAAAGGAUGAAAGGUAGCUGUGUAAUCCUGUAUAUUUUCUGUACCACAUUUAAGCUGUAAAUGUAUUGCUUACAUUCCCUUUAGGGGAAGGAUAAAAGAUUGUGACAUUGGUCACUGUGUAUAUUGGAAAAUUAUGUUUUUGUUUUGUUUGUUUAACCUGCAAAAGUUUCCCCUUGUGUGUACAAUAAGUGUAUUAAUGGGAAUUUUGUUAUAAAACAUGCAAUAAAUAUUUGUACGUCAAAUGA